AUGGAUCCCAACGGUGAAUUAGAAAUGUUCACUGUUGAAAAAAUUCCUAUGAUCAAAAAGAUAUUCCGCCAGGCAGAUUUAGAUGGAAGUGGAUCACUAGAUUUAGAGGAAUUUUGUGAUGGACUGAAGGACGUCUUCGGGACAGACAGUAAAGAAGAACUCGUUCAAUUCUUCUACAAAAUUGAUACAAACUGUGAUGGAACGGUGGACCUUGGGGAGUUAAUGGAAUUCCUUAUUUGCAGUAAGGAGAUUGCAAAACGCUUAGCUCCUAAGGAUGUCUUCUCAAAGUCAAUAAAGGUGACAAAAAUGAAUCACUACAAAACAAUUGUUCAAGUGAUAUUCUGUCCCUUUAUUAAUAGCAAGGCAUCUGAAUGUGAGGUUUCUGUUCAAACAGGACAAAAACGAACUUACCAGACCGGUCAAUACAUCUCAAUUAGCACCGAUGGUAUUUUGACCUACUUGUCUGACAAAAUGAACAUUAUAAGUAGGAUUCGAUUAGACCUAAAAGAAAAGACCCUUCCAUUCUCACGUUAUAAGAAAAUACAUGUAACUGGAAUGGCAUUCAUCAAAGAACUCGAACAGAUGGCGGUUUCCACUUCUGAAAGGGAAGUGUUAUUUUAUUCUUGCAAUAAAAUCGCAGAACUGUUUUUAAUCAGUCAUGCUCUCGUUCUAGAAGAGAGCCCAGCAAACGCCAUAAUGUACGGGUCUAAUAAUAAUAAAUCAGUGUUAGCCUGUGGGGAUGUUGAUGGUUUUCUGACCGUGCUGAUCGCCCACAACAGACAGGAAAAAUACCUCUUCUUCGGUGAAAAGAUGUUUGAGAAAACGUCUCGGCGGUAUUACAAAACUGUUAAUUUAUCCACCCUGCUAAAAAACACAACAGAAAAUUGCCACUGUGUCAAAAUCCCCAUUUUCAAUGACAUUUGUUCUCAGAUCAAAUACUUUCCAUCAGCUAACUCACUGUCUGUCUGUGGUAGUUCAGCAAAGAAAAUGGUAAUUGUUAAACUGCCAAAACCACCCAUAGCCGGUCUUCCUAAAGACAUCUUUGAAAGCACCGGAGGUGAGCAGUUUUUCAACUGCGUUGACUACUCCCCUUUGACUGGGUUUUGGUUGACUGGGGGUAAAGAUGGCUUACUGCGUGAGUGGUUCCACUUCAGUAACGACUUGUGCAUACGGGCAUUGGCCGGACACGUCAAACCCAUCACCAACAUUACAGUCAAUUCCAAAGACCAACUUGUUGUCUCUUUAUCCGAGGACAAGAAUGUCCGUGUGUGGUCCGAAGAAGAAAUGCUGCCUUUGCAAAGCUUUCAGUUUGAAGGCAUGGGAAAUGGCUGUAUCACCAGUAUGCAUUACAACACAUACAACAAUGAGUUAGUACUGGCUAACACCAACAUAGGAGCCUGUCUUGGAAAAGGAACCCAAGUUUACCAAAAGGCAUUAAAAUCCCAUGACAUGCCCAUAUGCGGUGCUCUUUAUAACAGCAUUUACAAACAAGUCAUCUCUGUUUGCCAAAACGGUGUGGUGAACGUGUCGGACGUCUUGACAGGACAUACCACGGUACGGUUCAAUGUGACUUCAGAGCAGCAUGUGGGACACACUGCCAUUGCAUUUGAUGAACAGCAGCGUAGAUUUAUCACAGGGUCUCCGGAUGGGAGAGUGAGAAUCUGGAACUUUAGCAAUGGAAAAUGUCUGGCCAUUCAUCCGGUUACCUUGCCCAAUGAAGUGACAGGUCUUGUCUGCUAUAAUGAAAGGGUGUUUGUGUCUGUUAAGAACAGCAAAAUCAUUUAUGACUUGAAUAUCGACGGAUAUAAAAACAGAUUUUUGAAGCAUGAUUAUUUAGACGACAUUUCCUCAAUGGAUAUACACGAGAACACACUGAUUUCUGCCUCCAGCAAUGGGAAUAUUCUUAUGUGGAAUAUUGAAACUGCAGAGGCUCAAAUCUGCAUUAAUGGCAGUAAGUGUGCUAAAACAAUUUGGAUGACGAAAAGUGCACAGAGCCAGACCGGACCUAUUGAAAAACUAACCAAAAAAUCUGGGUGCACGGCUAUUGUUAAAGCGUGGCACCUUAUAAAAUCUUUAAAAACAAGGGAAGUCAGCAGUUCCACGGCCACAUUGUUGUCUGCUGCAGAUGGCUACAUAUGUGCCUGGUCGGUUCACGUCAAGGGAGGUUUGCUUGGAAAGUUUAAGGCAGUGGAUGAGGAAGGUGCCGUCAUUACCACCAUGACCACUGAUGUACAAGAAAGGCUAUUGCUGACAGGGGACAGUAAUGGCAAGAUUUAUCAGUGGGAUAUUCAACAAUUUGGUUUUGCAAACCAGUCCAACGAAGGGCCUUAUGGAGAACAAUAUGGAUGGCGUUGGUCAUUGGCUCAACCUCCUCUGUUGGCCUCCUGGCAAUGUUACGCUGAAGAUGUUGUUAGUUUUGUGUGUGACAACAGCUGUAAAAAGCUGAUUACUGCAGGGUUAGACUGCUACCUUCACCUAUGGGAGAACACGGGCUCCCAUGUAGGGGUCUUUGGUAAAGACAAAUGGAAUGCGAAGGAGCUCAACCUUGAGGAGCACUGGGAGGAGGAAAAUGAGAGAUUACCCAUAACAUCUACAAGAAAAACGGAAACAUCUCAUACAUUAUCAAACUACAGUAGUUCCAAACGUGGAGCCAAGAUUCAGCAGGGGGACACCUUAAAAAAAGGUGUCCUCAAACCGUGUCCACCAAGCACUCAGCCUGAGCGUCAUCAGACCAAGCUGACCCCUCAUCCACCGCCGAGACUAGAGCAUGGGAGCUUUACACCCAACCGCAAUAGGACUCAAUCUGGAUUGAAUCAGACACGAAUCAAUCCACUGCCGACUCAAAAAUUAUCAGAAUACAUUAGUUCCAAAGGUGGACGCGGUGUCAAGAUUCAGCAGGGGGACACCUUAAAAAAAGGUGUCCUCAAACCGUGUCCACCAAGCACUCAGCCUUGGCGUCACCAGACCAAACUGACCCCUCAACCACCGCAGACACUAGAGCAUGGGAGCUUUCCACCCAACCGCAAAAGGACUCAAUCUCCACUGCUGACUCAAAAAUUAUCAGAAUACAUUAGUUUCAUAGGUGGACGCGGUGUCAAGAUCCAGCAGGGGGACACCUUAAAAAAAGGUGUCGUCAAACCGUGUCCACCAAGCACUCAGCCUGGGCGUCAUCAGACCAAACUGACACCUCAUCCACCGCCGAGACUAGAGCAUGGGAGCUUUACACCCAACCGCAAUAGGACUCAAUCUCCACUGCCGACUCAAAAAUUAUCAGAAUACACACUCAGCCUGGGCAUCAUCAGACCAAGCUGA